AUGAGUUUUUCUUCCGGGUUGUGAUCAUGGCGUGUUGCUGAACAACAUGUGAGUUUGGAUAUUCUCAAGCCGCAGAUUUAAUUAACAUUAAUUUUCUUAGACGUUUGAAACAACAUCAAACAUGGCAUCAGCAGAGGAGGACUUCCCUCGGGGAGGGACAGCAAAGAAGACCACUGAGAGUAAAAUAGUGGUGCAGCGGAGCGAAGUGGACAACCUGUUCCAGUCCAAUGAACAAGCAGAAACUAAGAAAAGAAAGGGAGCAGUCAAAGAUGACGGCAAGAAACUCAAGAAGCAAAAAAAAGAAGAUGGUCUAACUCUCAAUGCAGCAGCCAAGUGUGUGGAAAUCCUACAUAUCAAGAAUGUGAAGGAGGGUAUGCUGAUGCUGGGAUGUGUGAAGGAGGUUACAGACUUCGAGGUUACAGUCGGUCUGCCUUGUGGUCUGCAAGGCUUCCUCAGCAUCAAGAACAUCAGUGACUCGUAUACCAAGCUGCUUAGUGAACAGCUGGAUUCAGCUGACACAGAGGAGAUAUGCUCUCUGCCACACCUCUUCCUCCCCGGCAUGGUGUUAAGAUGUGUGGUUGCCAAGUUGGACAUAGCUAAAGGAGGCUCUCUCAGCAUCCAGCUGUCAGUCAACCCAAAGCUGGUUAACAAGGCUCUCUCCUCAAGCUCUCUGAAAGCUGGCAUGGUCUUGAGUGGAUGUGUGGAAAGUAUCGAGGAUCACGGCUGCAUAGUUGACAUUGGCAUUAGUGGGUCUAAAGCCUUCCUGUCCACGAAAGCAAUAAAAGAUCAGCACAACAACCCAGAAGAGCUGAAAGUGGGUCAGUAUGUGACUUCUCAAGUGGAAGAAGUAAAGAACGAAGGGCGUGUGGUCCGGCUUUCUGCCAGCCCGCUGACCAUCACCCAGGCCUGUGCUGAGUCCAAGCAGGGCUGGAACCUCACUAACCUUCUGCCUGGUCUUCUGGUCAAAGCUACCAUCAAGAAGGUGACCAAACAUGGUCUGAUCCUGGACUUCCUGUCCUCCUUUAGCGGCCAGGUGGACUUUCUCCACAUGGAGCCUGAACAUGCAGCCAACUACACAGAAGGAGCUGAGGUGCAAGCAUGUGUGCUCUACGUAGAGCCGUCCACACGUCUGGUGGGUUUGAGUCUGCGCAGCUACCUCAUUCAGCCUGAGCCCAGAGUUGACCCCACUCCUGCUGGUGGUGAUCGCAUUGGUGAGGUGGUGAAGGACUGCAAGAUGACCACUAUUCACCACAGGUCUGGAGCCAUGUUGGAACUGCCUGACAAAACGUUGGCAUUUGUACACAGGAACAACCUGAAAGAGGUGAAUGAGCCAGCCAAUGAGAACAGAGUGCUGGCAAUGCCUGAGCACACCUGUAGGAUCCUGAACUUCAGUCCCCUGGAUCAAAUUCAUUUUGCUAGUCUGCGCAGGAGUGUGAUUGAGAGGCCCUUUUAUAGAUAUCAUGAUCUUCACGCUGGUCAAAUUGUAGAGGGGAAAGUAUCAGUCCUGCUGAAUCAUGGGAUGGUGGUGCAUCUGUCUGACCACAUUAAAGGUCUGGUGCCUCGCACCCACCUGUCUGACAUUAUCCUCAAGAACCCAGAGAAGAAGUACAUGGAGGGCAUGAAGGUCAAAUGUCGGGUCCUGACAGUAGAUGCAGAGAAUAAGAAGCUGUACCUGACCAGAAAGAAGGCCCUGGUUGAAAGCUCCCUACCACUGUUCCUCAGUUAUGCCGAUGCUCGUCCCGGCUGCGUGUCCCACGGAUACAUCGUCUGCAUCAAAGACUUUGGCUGCAUUGUUCGUUUCUAUAAUAACGUCAAGGGUCUGGUGCCGCUCAAUCAACUCAGCUCUGAGCCCAUCAGCAGUCCUGAGGAGCUCUUCUACAUUGGGCAGGUGUUAAAGACCAAAGUUCUUCAGUGUGACCCCGAGAAGGCAAAGAUGGUGCUGUCAUUUAAAGUAGCAGUGGAGGGAGAAACUGCCAAGCCUGAGUUUGACUGUGAGGUGGGAACGAGGCUAGAGGCCAAGGUGCUGAAAAAAUUGGUCAACGGUCUGGAGGUGGCCAUCCUCCCUGACGAGAUACGAACCGUACUUCCCACCAUGCACCUCUCUGAUCACAUGAGCAACUGCCCUCUGCUGUGGGAGAGCCUGCAGGAGGGAGACAACAUCUCAAACCUCAUCUGUGUCAACAAUAACAAACAGAAUAUUUCUCUCACCAAGAAACCCACCGUGAGGUGGUCACUGGAGGAGGGAGUGGUUGCCAAAGAUUUCUCAGAGAUCACAGUUGGAAUGCAGCUGAUUGGCUGGGUCAAGAACAUCAUGUCCUAUGGUGUCUUUGUAGAGUUCCCAUAUGGCCUUGUUGGUCUCGCACCCAAGUCGGCCUUGACUGACAAGUUCAUCAGUGAUGCGACAGUCGCCUUCCAGCUGGGCCAGACAGUCAUCGCCAAGGUGACCAACUUGGAUGAGGAAAAGCGGCGUUUCCUGGUCACACUGAAGAUUUCAGAAGUCAUAUCUCCAGAGGGGGACACUCAGACCAGACUCAUUAAUGGUCUGCAGGAGAGAAGAGCUGUGACUGAAAUGUUGGCUAUGAGGGAUAAUAGUGAUCUUCGCCAGCAGCUUGCUGCUCUUUUUGUGGGUCAGAAGCUGAAGCUGACUGUGGAUACUGUGGAAGACAGCGGUGCAACCUUUAAGUCUGAUGAUUUGGCCGGUGCUACCAUACUGGCCAGCAAGCACCAUGUCAUGGGUGUUAACUUGAACCCAGGACAGAAGGCCACUGCAGUCCUCCUUCAUGUUGACAUCCUGUCUUCUUGUGUCCAUGUGUCCCUCCUUUCCAAGCUGCUGGGAAACAAGAAAUCGUUAAGUGAAGAAUCUAAAUACACAGCAAUGGUGCAGUACAUAGACAAAGAAUUUGCUGUCAUCUCAUUGGAUGAUACGGCACAGCUGACUGUGAUCCAAACUAGGAGCCACCUGAAUGAGGUAUUCCUGUCUGAGUCGGAGAAGCUGAAGGCAGGAAUGAGUUUGGCCGUUGAGGUUACAGAACCCAGCUGUCAGGAACUGCAAGGGCUCCCUCUAGUGUCGUGGCAGCGCACUGCACCAAAACGACAGCGCACGACCUCAGAAAACCAGUCAGGCUCCAAGGGUCACUGCUUCGGUGAGAUCGUGCAGGGGAAAGUGCGGACAGUGAAGCCUACCUGCAUUCAGGUCACGCUAGAGGAUGGGAGCACAGGCAGAGUGCACGUGUCUGAGGUGGUGGAGGUCACAAAAGUGUGUCUGGGAUCCUUUCCGACGUCCUUGGUGAAAGUGGGCAGUACGGUCACUGCUAGGGUCAUUGGAGGACGAGAAGCCUCCAGUCACAGAUUCUUGCCAUUUUCCCAUCCCAAAUUUACAUACACCAUUCCUGAGCUCACGCUUAUACCCAGCAAACUGGAUAAGAGUGCAGAUUUCAAAUCAGUCACAGCAAAAGAAAAACUUAAUAGCUAUAAGGUCGGGGAAGAAAUCACAUGCUUUGUAUCAAAGUUUAAUCCAGAGAGGAAGUCUUUGGAGGUCACCACUGAUCCCUCUCUUACUGGGACAGUUGAACUUCUGGCCAUGAUCACUGAUCUUAAAGAUGCCAGCCACCCAGAGAAACUGUACAAGCUGGGCCAAGCAGUCCAUGCUAAAGUGGUAGAAAUCAGCUCCAAACCUCAUCGUUUUGUGCUGUCACUCAUCGGUGUCCAUAAACUGGAGGAAGGCAGCGUUGCUUUGGGGAUCGUGACUAAUAUUCAGCCACAAGUUGGCCUUCUGGUCAAGCUUCCCUUCGGUGGCAUGGGAGCCAUUGCUGUUACUGACCUGGCUGAUGCCUACAGGCCAAACCCACUGGAUGGGUACAGAAAGGAUCAGAUACUCAGGUGUUUCCUCCUAGGGAAUGAAAAUGGCAAGUGGCAGCUGUCUCUACGACCAUCAAGGCUGAACCCACAACAGGCCAAGCCAGUGAAGGACCUCGAAGUUCUGUCUCUAGACAAACUGAAGGAGGGACAGAUCAUCAGAGGCUACGUCAAGUCUGUGGGAGAGCAGGGUGUCUUCAUCAGGUUGUCUCGGUAUAUAACCGGAAGAGCCCAACUUCAGCAGUCCACCAAGUACUUUGUUAGCAGCCACAAGGUCCUCUCUGAGCACCUGCCUCCCAACACUCUGCUCACCACCAAGAUCCUCAGUAUUGACCUAGAGGAGGAGUUCGUCAACCUCUCUCUGCUCCCAGCGGACACCGGGAAACCAGACAUCCUUCCAGAAUCUCUCGGCCUGCCACUGCGUCUCGUCGGAGAGGAGAAGAAGAAACACGAUACAGAGAAGAAGAAGAAACGCGCGCUGUCCGAGAGCGAACAGAAACAAGCAGAGUCCCAGGUCCCAAAAAAGAAAAAGAAAAAAACAAAGAAAGCAAGGACUGAUGAUAAUGACAGCGGAGUUGAGGUGUACUUCAGGGAAGAGGAGGAUAAGGAAGAUGAGGAAGAACCCAAACCCGCUCCCGCAAAGGAGCAGGUGACAGCCAGCUCAGCAGGUCCAUCCAGACUGCAGGUGGCAGCAGGUUUCUCCUGGGACAUGGGACUGAACUGCCUAAAGCCUGCCUCUGCAGCUAAGGAUGGGGACUCCAGUGAUGAAGAGGACCAAGUUGCAGACAGCAAGCCCCAGAAGAAGUCUCGUCAUGAGUUGGAGCAGGAGAAAAAGGCAGCAGAGAAGGCGCUGGUACAGCGGGAAGCUGAGCUCAUGGAUCCCAGCCUGCGGCCCGAAGACGCAGCUGCCUUCGAGCGCCUGCUCCUAGCUUCACCCAACAGCUCUCUGGUUUGGCUCCAGUACAUGGCUCACCAUCUGCAGGCCACACAGAUCGAGCAGGCCCGAGCUGUGGCUGAGAGGGCUCUCAAAACUAUUUCCUUCAGGGAGGAGCAGGAGAAGCUGAAUGUGUGGGUGGCCCUGCUGAACCUGGAGAACAUGUACGGCACAGAGGAGACCCUAAAGAAAGUGUUUGAGCGGGCGCUGCAGUUCUGCGAGCCUCUGCCGGUCUACCAGCAGCUGGCUGACAUCUACGCCAAGUCCAACAAGACCAAGGAGGUGGAGGGCUUGUAUAAGACAAUGGUGAAGCGUUUCCGUCAGAAUAAGGCAGUGUGGCUGAGCUAUGGGACCUUCCUGCUCCAGCAGGGUCAGAGCGAUGCUGCCAGUGCUCUCCUGCAGAGGGCGCUGAAGAGUCUGCCUUCCAAAGAAAGUGUGGAUGUGAUUGCCAAGUUCGCUCAGCUGGAGUUCCGUUAUGGUGAUGUAGAGAAAGGUCGCACCAUGUUUGACAAAGUCCUGACAAGCUAUCCCAAACGUACCGACCUCUGGUCCGUCUUCAUUGACCUCAUGGUCAAACACGGAUCACAGAAAGACGUCAGGGCGCUCUUUGAUCGAGUGAUACACCUGAGUGUCUCAAUAAAAAAGAUCAAGUUCUUUUUCAAGCGCUACCUGGAGUACGAAAAGAAGCAUGGCACCCCGCAGAGUAUCCAGGCAGUCAAAGAGAAGGCCAUGGAGUUUGUGGAAGCUAAAGGCACUGAAGCUGCAACUUAAAGACCAAAUAUACUCUUUUAUGUUCGUGAGUGGACUCCAGUGUAUUGGUAUUCACUAUUUCAUUAACUUGCAUUUUAAUCCAUUUUGUAUGAAAAUGAGUGUGAGCUAAGAAGGUAAGAGUGAAUGUCUGUGAAUGACUAUUAGUUUACUAUGUUUUUGAAUGGAUUUAUAAAAAGAUCCUUAUCACACUUGUUGGAACACUCUCAAUAAAUUGAACAAUUGGUUUGUCUCUCAAUAAAUCCAGCGCCAUUACAAUACA